AAUUGGAUCACUUUGUCUUAUUUUGGAUCAUUUGUUCCUAUGUAUUUUGCUUUUAGUUAGACAUAACUGCGGAGAGUAUCUCCAGGGACAAAUUAAACAACUUAGCUAUAAAACUAAUGGUAUUGGAAGAUCAGUUUAUAAUUGUUACAAGUGUUAGAACUUGACCGAUUUCAACUACGAGAACAGAAUAAAGAAGAAUUUACUAAAACAUUUGAAAGAAAAAUGUGUUAUGUCAGCGUUUCAAUCAAUGUAAAUUUUACACAAGUUAAUCUCGAGUGAAAAAAACACUGAACGGAAAUCGUCUUGGUCAGAAACACAUUCGGAACACUCUGGAUAAUUCGUAUAAAAUUAUCUACUCGAAUCAAUAGAAAGCUUGAGCAUUUUCAAAUUAUUCAAAUAUUCCCAAGAUAAAGUUUCUACAAGAAAUAAAUCAUAGAGGACAUAAAUUGGUUAUUGUUGACACCGACGCUUCCAUGUACUGGAAAGAGACAGAGCUAAUAUAGGAUUUGUCUUCAAAACAAUCAUUAGUGAUUACUACCAUUGCAUUGCAUUUAGUUUUGCCUCAAACAUUGGACACUUAAUUAUAUAAACUGAUAUCCGUAAAUAUAUGCCCGUUUAGUUUUGCUAUUUGUUAUUCGUAGAGAUUUUCUCUUUAACGUUAAUCAUGGCGUACAAGUUCCCGGACUUUGAUUACAUAGAGGCUGAUAAAAUGGAAUACAACAUUUCAGAUAUAUCGGAUCAGAUUGGCUUUUCUCUUCCUUCAACAGUAACUCCUCCUUCUGCAAAUAUCUCAUUUGUUAAUCCGUCUCAGUAUUAUUCUAAAUAUAUACCAGAGAAAACAAUAGUAGGACGAUAUGUGACGUUAUUGACCUACAGCAUAGGAUUCCCUGGAAACAUAUUCGCUUUAUGCAUAUGGUUACAAAAAAGGAUGUCGAAUUCCUCCGGAUAUUACCUUGCAGCUUUAGCUUUGUCGGAUUUGUUAUUUCUUACAUUGCAAGUGUUUCAUGAACUGAAUGAUACCUGGGAAAUUAGCACACUUGAUGUUAAAUUUCUUUGUGAAUUCUAUCCAAUUAUUUUUAUGACAUCACAAUACUUAUCGCCGUUGUUAGUUUUAGCCUUUACAGUUGAAAGAUAUAUUUCAAUUUGCCAUCCAUUUAAGCGGGAAAGAUUCUGCACUACAACACGUGCUAUGAUAGUGAUCGUCUGUCUCGCAAUAUUUUGCCUUUGCAUGAACCUCAUACAAGGCUAUUUUUGGUCGUACAAUUCUCAAUUUGCCAAGUGUCUUCCUCGUCCUUCAGCAAUAAAAAAUGGCGAUAAAUCUCUUUGGUCAGUUUGGACCUGGUUUUCGGAGACCGUGGUAUUUAUGUUAGUACCGCUGUUGAUUUUAUUUUUUAAUGUCCUUGUAAUAAAUGAGGCCAGAAGACUCUCAAAGUUUGAAAAACAUCAGUUAAAAUCUCAUGCCAAAUCUCACGGAAAUGCUACAACAGUGAUGUUAAUUGCAGUUUCAUUUUACCAUAUAUUCACGACUUUUCCAGUGACAAUAGCUGUGGCGUUGUAUGUUCAAUACAGUGUGGAACCUGAAGACUCGCUUUCGUUAGUGAACAGUACUAUGCCUUAUUUAUCAGACAACUCAACAUACAACUUAGUAGAUGCCUCAGCGUUGACUCAUCAGUGGUCUAGUCAUUUUCGAUACAUACUUGUUAAAAGUAUCAUUGAAGAGAUUGGUUUGACUCAUUAUGCUUUCAACUUUUAUAUUUAUUUGAUAACGGGUAAAAUAUUUCGAGAGGAAUUUCUAUCUUUUGUUCGAAGGAUAAUUUGUCGUAAGGAGAAAAAACAUAUUCCAUCUUGGAAUACCGAAUAUACAAAUGUUCGAACAGACCCAGAGAGUUCAAAUCAUUUAACAGUGCGCAUGAUAAAUGGUCAACCGAAUGGACAUAGCGGAAACGACAAGAUCGUUGACGAUUCAGAGACGCCAUUAUGAGAUCAUUAUAUGACGUAUUAUAGUUCACGUGAAGCUUUAGUAACAUCUCGCCUUAUAUGUGUUUUAUAUCAACUGAUUUUUGCUUCAUAUAAAUUAUAUUGUUUCA